CCUAGCUCGCUGUUAAUGAAGGGCAAUUCUGGUGUUUGCUACGGAGUCUUUUCACAAGACCAGCUCUUUGCAGUAGUUCCCUAACCAAAAUGCAAACCAGGUUCCCAUAGCUCCAACGACUCUCGUGUCCUGUGUUCAUGUCCAGAUCCUACUGUAGUUGUCCGAAACACGCCUCUCGCGCAUGCCGUGAGGAAAUGACCAAGCCGUUCCCAUGUUCCCCAUCUUGCUAGAAAUUUCAUCUUUAACUGUUGUUAGCUGACUGUGGAUAUGCUCUCUGCUGAGGAAAACCUGGGCCGGGCAGAGGACAGCUUGUCCCCGCACUCGACUUUGCCGACCUCCGACGAUGUCAAAAGGAGACACGACUUUAGGGCAGCCAUACACCUCAGCGCACGGCCACGGCAAGACCAGCCCGAGGCCCUGCACGGAGUAAAGUUUGGGUCACAUCGACUUUGGACGCUGAGCCAUGAUGUUACGCAUCCUGUGCGCGAACUGUAUGGCUGCGAGAACGUAGUGCUCGCAACCAGGACACUAGAUGAAACGCGAGGCGAUGUGUCUGUCCAACUCCAGCGAGUAGAAAGCGUCAAUGCCAUGGAUAUGAAGCUAGGCCAAGACUAUGCAGGGGCUCCUAACAAAAACGGGUGCCCUUCUAGCAUAUCUUACAGCAGAGACCUGCUUUCAGGCAUGUCGAUGGACGAAGCGAGAGAAUUGAUGUCUCUUUACUGCGAAGCUUUCGAUCCCAGCGAGUCUUCUGCCCAAGCGUUAGCUCCGCUUUUCAUUCGCGUCGCUCCCCCUGAGACGACAGAAGCAUCCUACGUAGGGGUGCUGGGUCACGUUCGCGACGGUGCAAAGAUAUUCGUAAGCCACAAUGUAGCAACAAAAGGAUGGGUGUCUCAAGAACCGGCAGAGGACUCGUCACAAUUGCCCUCUUUGCAAGACGUAGUGGAGGACUAUCAGCUAUUCAGUGGAAACACGCAAGAGACUGCUCUGAGGAACGUGGUUCAAGCAAGAUAUGACAUCCUACGGGAAAGCCUCUUCAAGACAACAUCAGAUGCGCCGAUGAGUUCCAUUGUGAUGAAUGCUGAGUGGGAGAAUGCCGACAAGGUGCUGGGCGCCCCUCCGCCACUAGCUCGGAUGACUUUGAGGGUAAAGAGCGUGUAUGGAGAGAUCGACGCCGAAAACAACAUCCCCACCAGCGCUCUUCGGGAUCAACUUCUGCGGCUGGUGGAGUGGGAUCGUGCGAGAACGGAGGAUGACUGGAGUCCACCUACUCGGGGUACAUCCGGUUCAAAUAUGGACGGAAGAAUCACGCCCAACACGGUGGACGAGUGGCUGAAAGAUAUCAAGGAGGAGGGCUUCACAGCACGUGCAACAUCCUCCGACUCGAACGAUACUACCUUUGAUUUGGACGCAUCCCAGACAUUACCGCCACGGCAAGACCUUGAUUUCGCGGAACGAUUUUGGCUGUUCACGCAAGGAACGACAACGUGUCGGGAGGACAUCUUGAUGGCCCUGAAUGUGUUGAUAGAAGAAUUGGAGACGGGGAAACUCCAGCCUAUGGUCAACAAAUCGAACCACUGCAGCUUCGCACGAGUCAUACGAGACUGUUACAAGCUUCUUCGCAUGCAAACCGCACCAGAUUUCGACGAACAGAAAGAGUCGAUAAGUCGGACCUUCGACUACUGGCUUGAACAACCGUUGGAACUUAUGGUCGAAACUGGAAUUUGGAAACUUAAGCGGGACUAUUGCUUCCACUUGCUCAGUAACGAGCUUGCGAGUUGGGAGGAAUUGGAUGGUUAUAUCGACGCUGCCCUUCCUCUUGAGGAUCAAGUGACGCGAUUACGGCGCCUGCAUCGGGUGGUAGAGCUGUUGAGUCUAGUGAAGGCCAACGUCUUGCAGAUGCCAGUGGAAGCUAUGCGGAUGUUGAUUCAGUCGUCGCUGCGGUAUUACUUCCAUGAAGCGUCCGCAGUGUCAUCCGAAGGCGAGGAAAUGGGAAACAUCGAUCCCACGACUACCGUCGUAUACAACCUAGCUUUGCCACGAUUUGCCAGUGCUGGAUACAAAGCACUUUCUGGCAUGGUUGCAGGGUUUGAGCCCUCCUCCUGGAAGAUGACAACUGCACCUGUAGCAGCAGCAGCUCACAAAGGAAGCAAGCCGACCGAUGUAACAACGACCUAUCCAACGUACACAGUCCAGUUUGACCGCUCCGACACUUUGGCCGACGAUGUACCAUACGUCACAGGGGCCGCCGUGGGUAGUGUGGAGUUUGAAGAGCAGCAGCUUGAGGCGCUCACUGAGAGAAUGUUAAGGCAAGGUAGCAACAAAUGGCGUAUGCUUGUCGCUACGGCGGUGGCAUGCUGAGGCUUAGUGAAGCGCGGCGUAGACAUCAGGACUGGGUCAGAUGAAGCGUUGCUGUCGAUAGUACAUACUUCCUACAGAACCUUCAGCUCCAUUUUUUAAACAUCGCCGGUUUCGGUCCCGGUCCG